AUGAUUCUUGAUGAAAAGUUGUUUAUUGUUAAAGAAUUUGAUUCUUUUGUUAUUCCAGACUCAGGAAUAGACUUUAAACAAAUGAUAAAUGUUGUAAUAUCAAUAAAAAAGUUCAAAAGUGUUAAAGUACCAUCAAGAUUUGAUGAAGUUCACAAUGCUGAAGGACAUAAAAACAAUUGA